AGGAACUAUUCUUUCGACAAAAUUUAUAUUUUUAAUCAAUUUAAAAAGUUACUUUAUUUUUAAUGAAAAACUUGGAUCAAAUUAUGGUGUCACUACCUUAUUUGCCGGUAGAUUCCAAUGCCCUUGGCCAUGAGCGUCGUGCGAGAGGAUGAUCAUACCUGUGAACGACAACAAUGGAGGAGGCAUCAGCAUUUGAUAAACUACCGGAUGAACUUGUGGAGCAAAUAUUCGACAAACUGCGCCUCGACGCUCGCAAAACAGCGUCCCAAGUUUGUAGACGCUGGUCCGAGAUAGCCUUCUCCAAGCGGUUUCUGAGACAUGUGACACUGAAGAUAAGUUUCGAUGGACAUUGCGGGGAUCUGGGACCCGUUCUCGAGAAUAGCUGCCGCAGUUACCGGAACAUGACCGUUACCUUUUGUGGCGACUUGGAUUAUGUGGUGCCGUAUGCGAUGCUUAAGUUCGCUAGCUCCUUGGAAAGUCUGGUGUUUCUACGUGAUACAACGAGCGACGAUAUGAUCCAUUCCGAAGAAUAUCUGCGAGCGUUUUUGAACGGUCUUUAUUCGUUGUACAAUCUGAAGGAACUGCGCUUGGAAAUUCCUUUUUUCUACGACUUUAAAGCUGAAAACAUUGAUCGAUCAGCUUUUCGACCUUUGAGCAAUUUGGAAAAUUUGUAUAUCGGUUACGCUACCAUGGAAGAUAGCAGCUACAAAUGGCCGGAGAUAGCACCCAAUGUGAAGCAUUUGUACUUUAGCAAUGGGUUCAUAUGCAAGACUUUCUACGAAACGGUUUCGUUCUACAGUAAGCAGCUAGAAUCGUUUGGGACAACUUCGGUGUUUCCAGACCAAUAUUUCACAGGUUUCGAUGCGUCUAUAAGCUUCCCAAAUGUAAGGAAACUAAGUAUUGUCCACCAGGAGUUGCCGUCUUUAAAGCAUUUCGAAGGGUUUAUGAAUCGGUUUACGGAUUUGCUGGCGCUGGUGCUUGCUUUGAGCGUAAGCUCUGAAAUGUUCACACUUUGUGUGAACAAAUUUCCCCUGCUAGAGUACGUUGCACUUUAUGAAAAUAUUCCCGAGGAAACCUUUUCACUGCUUAGUAAACUACCCAAACUAAGGCACCUGAAGCUCAGCUACAUUGGUAUCGAGUGUGCUUCUGGCAUAUACAGGUGCGGAACCUUGAAAAAUCUUCGGCAUCUAACUUUGGACGUUUAUUGUUGGAAAGCGACCUUUAUCGACACAUUUUUUGAGACGCUGGCAUAUAAAGCACCUCACCUAGAGCGACUGGAGGUUGCCGUUAGAUACUCGGAUGACAUGAUGCCGGCGAUUUGCAAAAAUUUCCCGAAGCUACGGAAGCUUGCAAUGGACUACACAAGAGACAAUUUGUGUCAUUCUUUUCUGCAACAACUGACCCAGUUAGAGGAGCUAAGAAUAAACAGCACGGAUUUCAAGUGGAACCAGAUGCGUUGUCCCUCUAUCCGAACUUUAUUCCUUAAAUUGCACAAGUCACAAUUCAACAAAUAUCAGCAGCAAUGGGACGAGAUAGGCUCCUGUCUACCCUCUCUGAAGACCCUUGAAUUGACCUUUUCGCUUUCGGAGGAACAAACUGCGAGGCUGCAAUCGACAAUGCCUUCCGGGUGCCACAUUAUAACCAACUCCAGGAACCAAUUGUUCGAAUCGGAUCUGGUCGAUAUCAAUCGGCAGGCAGAAGACUGGCUGCAUAACGCGUAAUCUCAACUAAACUUAUUUGAUUAUUAUAACAUUAUUUCGGGAAAAAAGCAAUAAAAUUAUAUUUGUUAUUCGUAUUCCGGUAGAUUUGACGGAUGGCUUGAAUAUGGUCGGUACGGUUAUUUAUUAAGAAGAAACCCUAGUUUAAUUAUUUAAUUAA